AUGACACCCAAAGAUUAUCACACGGGGAAGGCUUCUCUCGAUCAGACAGAUGACUACGACGGCACUCUUAUGACCACCGGUCCUGAAAAAAAAAAAGCAGGAACUUCCCCGAUACCUAUCGGGACUCACGAUCACAGAAAUUUUAUGGGAACUAUUAUGGAGGGUGUGAAUGUGGAUGAGAUAUUCAUGAAGUUGUUUGGAGAAGUGCCUCUUUCACCUCCUCUAAUGUCUAUCGCGAUGACUUCAUACAAUACCUCACAGAGCCUCACAAUGUUGCCGAUACAUUCCAAUCUCGCUGGAAUUAGCCCUGUGGAGCAGCAACUGCUUAACUACUUUGUGACUGCAAUAUGCCCGUAUUGCAUCUGCUACCCCAACAUCAAACAGCCUGCGCAGCCCAACCCGGAGAUGAACCCAUACUUGUAUCUGAUUGUUCCCCUGGCUAUGAGAUCCACCAUAGUGUUUAACGUGUUAAUAGCUACCAGUGCCAAACAACUUGUAAUGUUGGGAGAAAAAGAAUAUUCCAAGAUCGCAACUUCUUACACAGCCAAGGUGUUGAUUGAGCUGCCCGAUAUCAUUCAGUCGAAGCAGAAGAACAACGACGCCGACUGGGAUGAUGUUUUGACGGUAAUUAUUAUGCUCUGUUUUACGGAUAUUGCUUCCAAUUGUGGAAGUUCAUGGCUGGUACAUCUGAAUGGCGCGAAACAAUUUUUAAGGGACUCCAGCGUCCGAAAUAGCAUGAGCCCCAUAAGCAAGUUUUUUGUGAGGUACUUUGUUUCCCACGAAGUGAUGGGAGAAACCUCAUGGGAAAACCGAGCUGGCCGAGUGAAUGCUAUUCCACAGCCCAUUGCAGACGAUCAGUACAUGUUGAGACUGAAAAACGAUUAUUCAACCGAUAUUGAUCUGGUACUGGGAUGUAGUCCUUAUCUCAUCACUCUCAUCCACAAGACUAAUGUUCUCGGGGCAUGCUACGAGGAUUUGGAGCUGGAAGCUCCUGAAGAUAGAGUUGACUUUGAGAAUGAUAUUCUGGAGAAGAAAGAGAUCCUCAGCCAAGAAAUCACCAACAUGGUGCAACGCUUUGAUUCGUCUGACGAAUCGGCGACUCAUGUCCGCACAAUUGCCGAAAUCAAAAAACUUGCGGCCAGGCUUUACUUGUUUGCCAGGGUUGACAUAGAAAACAGCUACUAUGGUGGUACUUUUGGCACAUAUCAGUUUGCAGAAAAGAUGAGAAAAAUCGGAAAGCUGGCGAGUCGUUUGGUGGAACUACAGAAGACGCUACCCGAUACAUACGUCACUUUACUAUGGCCACUGUUUGUACUUGGAAUAGUGUGCGCAAAUGACGAAGAGAUACGGUGGUUUGUUCUUGAUGCUCUUACAAGAAUGCAAAAGACGAGAGAACUACGGAGUGUCCGCACUGCUCGUACCGUGGUGUUAUCUGUCUGGAAAGAGAAGGAUCUAGGCCGGCCGUGCGUGAGGUGGAAAGAUAUACUGAAGGAUAAAUGUAAUACCUUGAGUCUUGCGUGA